AUGGAUGAUGAUAGUGAUCUGGAAGAUGGCAAGCUGAGAAGUUUUUUCCCUUCCUCGUUUGGUGGGGAUGAGAAUGGAACAAAUAUCGACGCUCAGAUCGAUCGCACCAAAAGACCGACUGGAACUGCCCAAGUAAAGCGAGAGAAAUCCGUUACGAAAAGCUCGAAUGGUGGGUCUAGUUCGGACGAGGAUGAUUCCGACGAUGAUUCCGACUAUGAUGAUGAGUAUCCCACAUCCCAUGAACUGGUUUUCAAGACACAGGAAAAGGCAGUUACGACCAUCACGGUUGAUCCAGCAGGAUCACGAAUGAUUACGGGGUCAACUGAUUGUACGAUAAAGCUGCAUGAUUUUGCUUCCAUGACACCCACCACACUACGCGCUUUCAAAUCGGUUGAUCCUACAGCGUCAAAAACCUCAGCCAAUACUGAAACACAUCCCAUCCAUGUUGCCAAGUUCAAUCCUAAUUCCCCGAGUCAAGUGCUUGUCAUAUCUGCCACUCCUCAAGCGAGAAUACUCAGCAGGGAUGGUGAGGUCAUCUCUGAGUUUCAAAAGGGGGACAUGUACUUGCGCGAUAUGAACAUGACGAAAGGUCACAUUAGUGAAAUUACUGCUGGAACAUGGCAUCCCAGUAACUGGGAUCUAUUCGUGACGGCUGGCACCGAUAGUACAUUACGGAUAUGGGACGUCAACUCGAGAAUGAGGCAAAAGGCGGUCAUCGUGCAUAAGUCAAGACAGGCUGGAUCGGCAGGGAGGAGUAGAAUGACCGCUGUAACAUGGGGGAGCCAGGCCGAGGGAGGCAAUAGUCUUCUGGUAGCGACAGCGCUUGAUGGAAGUUUGAUGCUGUGGAGUGGAGAAGGACCGUACAAUCGACCAAGCGCAGAGAUCAAGGAUGCUCAUGAAAGUGGGACCUGGACAAGCGGAGUGGACAUCAGCCCAGAUGGAAGGCUUGUGGUUACGCGAGGUGGUGAUGACACCAUAAAAUUAUGGGAUACAAGAAAGUUCAAGCAGCCUGUUAACUCGGUGGCGCAUUCUUCGACAUCGGCGCAAUAUCCGGCCUCGAAUAUUCAAUUUUCCCCCAACGGUGCCUCAGUCAUAACAGGAUCGGAAACCGGACACCUUCACAUACUGAAUCCUGCAACAUUGAAGCCAGAGAUUGUCACCCCUGUCACGCCCCAAUCACCUCUUAUCACCGUUCUCUGGCACGAGAAGCUUAACCAGAUUCUCACUGGCUCUGCCAAUGCAGAGACACACGUCCUGUACAAUCCGAAAAUCUCAACGAAAGGUGCAUUGAUGAUCGUGUCCAAAGCACCAAAACGACGUCACUUCGACGAUGAUCCCACUCUCACCACAGACCUCUCUCAGGGAAUAUCGGGUGACAUGAUCAUCAAUCCCGGCACUGGUCUUGCUGGGAUCCAAGCAGGCAAUAGCUACACUUCGCGCCAUCCUACAAUAGGUCUUACCGCAUCUGGAAAAUCCAGGGAUCCUCGCCGGCCACAUCUUCCUGCAACAACUCCAUUUUCUAAGAAUCAACCAGACGAGGCCUCGGUCAGGAAGAACAUUCCGCUGAGCUCUAUGCGGGAUGAAGAUCCGAGGGAGGCAUUGCUAAAAUAUGCUGAGAAGGCUGAAAAGGAUCCCAUGUUCACGAACGCUUGGAAAAAAACGCAACCCCAGACCAUCUACGCUAAAGUUAGUGACGAUGAGGCAGAAGAAGGUCCGCAAAAGAAGAAGGCUAAGACGUGA